GUUCCGCCCCGCUGCUCUGAUCUGAUUGGUCUAGAACUGACUGUACGCCCAGGAGGGCAAGACGACCGUACUUUUCAGCAGUCUAGGAGAGCUCCACACCAUUUCCCAGAGAAGCUACGGCACUUCCUACACCAUCCGGCCCGGCAGCCGCUACCCCAUAACACGCCGAAUCCCAAGCCCCGGCUCGGGCUCCCCAGAUCGGGGUGACCCCCUAAGUCGACUCCCAGGCUUCGGCUUACCCAUUUCGCCCACCACGCCGCCCCACACCAUCCUCAAGUCAUCCAGCCUCAGCCUGCCCCAUGAGCCCAAAGAAGUGCGCUUUGUUAUGAGGAGCUCCAGCGCCCGGUCCCGCUCCCCGUCUCCCUCUCACUCUCCUGGGCUGGGCUCGCCCCUCCUGGCCCUCAGGCCCUUCCACCAGAAGCCCCUCCACCUGUGGAACAAGUACGACGUUGGAGACUGGCUGGAGAGCAUCCACCUGGGGGAGCACAGGGCCGGCUUUCAGGAGCAUGAGAUUGAGGGAUCGCACCUGCCAGCACUCACCAAGGACGACUUUGCUGAGCUGGGGGUGACGCGGGUGGGACACCGCAUGAACAUUGAACGAGCACUCAAACAGCUGCUGGAGAGCUGACCCCUGCCCUGAGAGAGAGAGAGAAAGAGAGAGAGAGAGAAAGAAAGAAAGAGGGAGAGAGAGAGAAAAAUGGAUAGACCACCCCAGUUUUAAACCAACUCCAUUUUAGGUCGCUGCUUUUCAUUUAUUUUUAUUCUGAUGUGUCUGAACGUUUCAGUGAUUGCGUUCAUAUGCAGCUCUCAGCACUGCACUGAAUUAUGAAGUCCCUCCCCCAUCUCACAACCUAUCAGAUGAGUCCUCUGAAAGAGGCACAGAAACUCUUUGCAGAACAGUAUCUCGCAUGAGCUCCGAUUAGAACAUUUGAUUUGUGACUGCUUGAGUUGCUCCUUUAGUCACACCUUUAACCUAUCCCACAGACCUUUCCUUCGCUGUGCCGUUCUUCUUCUCUCUGUCCCUCCAUCUCUUUCCCUCCUGUUCAUUGUUUGCCUCUGAAGGAUCCCCAGUUUGUGUGAAGAAGAGGAGGAUGAAUCUCGUUCCAAACGGAAAGUUCAGUUGCCUUUCAAAAUAUUCUUACAGAGAUCAGCUACGUUGAACACAGGAGUAAAGAUGCAGUACUGACCUAGUAUUGACAUAGAACUGACAUACUGAUACAGUACUGACCUAGUAUUGACAUAGAACUGACAUACUGAUACAGUACUGACACAGGCCUCUCUCCACUCUGCCUGGCAUUGUGUUUAACACUUGUGCCCAGAGACAGAGUUUGAUGUUGGAGACCACGUGGGGAGAACUCAUCUAUCCUGGGACCGUCUCACGGACUGACUGUGCUAUCUAUUAUAUUUGGAGAAUGUUUAACCAACACUAGUGGCUUUUUUCAUAAUCAAAACA